AUGUCUUAUCAAAAAAAAAUAAAUUUUAAUAACAAUGAAAACAUUUCUUUUAUUAAUAUUAACAAUGCAAUAUCUGAAAAUGAUUUUACAAAAUUAAAAAAAUAUGGAUCACAAGGCUAUGGCUUUAUAAAUAAUAACUUAAGAAAAAAAAUAUGGGAAAUUCUUAUAUGUCCAGAAGAUAAAAAAUUAGAAUCUAAAAUCGAUUGGAAAUUAUUACCAGUACAUAAAGAUGAAAACCAAGUCCAACUUGAUGUCGAUAGAUCAUUUAUACACUAUCCUAAAAACCUUAGCUAUCUUGAUAUUAAAAAAAAAAGAAAUGAACUAAAUUCAUUGAUCGUAGAGAUUCUUCGAAAACAUCCAUAUCUCAAUUAUUUUCAAGGAUAUCAUGAUAUUGCUCAAGUAUUUUUGCUUUGUAUAGGAAGAAAAAAAGCAGCAAGACCAUUAGAAUUUCUGUCGCUUACACGUAUUCGUGAUUUUUUCCUACCAUCACUAUCUCCUGUAUUAGAUCAUCUUGAAUUUAUAAAAUUAAUUGUUCAAAAAAAAGAUCAUGAACUUGGAAAACAUAUUGCAAAUGUUCCAUCGCAUUUUGCCUUAGCAUCAUAUUUAACGUGGUUUUCUCAUGAAAUAAAACAUCUUAAACAUAUUUUCGAAAUAUUCGAUUUUAUUUUAUCUACUGAUACUGCUAUGGUCCUUUAUAUUUAUGCUGCAAUUAUUAUCCAAAAAAAAAGUGAAAUAAUGAUUAUUGAUAAGGGAGAGACUGAUAUUUUACAUAAGUUUCUAAAUAAUUUAUCUCAAGAGUGUCACUCAAAAGAUAUAUUCCGAAAAAGUAUAUCUUUAAGGGAAGAAAUAUCUCUCUGUUCUUUGUCAAACUGGAAAUAUAUCAUGAAGUAUAGUUUCUUAAAUGAUUCAGAAGAAAGAUAUAAUCUAGAAUAUGCAUCAAAAUUAUAUUAUAUGGAAAUAAAUGAAUUAAAAAAAUUAAAAUCACAGCAAUAUAUAUUUACUAAAAAUAUAUUAAAUAAAACUAUAUUAAUAGCAACUGUAGCAUUACUUAGUAUUUCAAUUGCAUAUCUCAAAAAAAUUAUUAAAAGCAUGUAA